UAGUUAACUCAUUAAGCCAAUAUUAACUACUGUGCUGAACAGAUGGCACUUUCCCAUGCUGCUUCUUCUUCUUCUUCCUCACCUCUCAAUACUCGAUAUGAUGUUUUUAUCAGUUUCAGAGGCGAGGACACGCGUAAUGGUUUUACCAGCCAUCUUCAUUCUGCUCUCCUCAGAAAUCAGAUCGAGACGUUCAUAGAUUACAGAAUCCCCAAAGGAGGUGUCGUCUGGAACGAACUUGUUGAAUCCAUCAGGGACUCAAAGUUGUUUGUUGUUAUCUUCUCCGAAAACUAUGCUUCCUCUAGCUGGUGCUUGAGAGAGCUGGUUGAGAUCAUGGAGUGUAAGAAAAAGAAUGAAAAAGUUAUUGUGAUUCCAGUGUUCUAUAAGAUAGAGCCCACACAUGUUCGCAAGCAGAGUGGAAGUUAUCGCAGAGCAUUUGAUGAGCAUGAGAGAUCCUCCAACCGUAAGCAUGUGCAGCAAUGGAGGACGGCACUCACUGAAGCUUCGAAUCUCUCUGGCUUCCCUUGCGAUCACCACAGCUUGAUACAGGAAGUGUGUUGGAAAAUCAUUCAUGAAGAAUCUAGCAAAAAUUGCGGUCAACAAACAAGAUUGUGGAACGCCGAAGAAAUCUGCAAUAAAUUCCAACAUGAAGGAGAUAUUCAUGGAGUUGAAAGCAUGAUUGUGGAUAUGAAUGAAAUUACAAUAAAUCUACGUAUAAUCAUCAUUUCGUUAAGAAAGAUGUCAAAGUUAAAGUUACUUGCUUUAAGAGGAAAUAUCAACAUGGACCAUGAAUGGAACAGAGUGCUUGUAGAGGAUUUUCAACUUCCUAAUGACUUAAGGUAUAUUGAGUGGAAUAAAUACCCACUUAAUUUUGUGCCGUCCAUUUGUUGGCCUCAAAAUCUUGUUCAACUUUCCAUGCGAGAAAGUAAUAUUCAAAAACUUUGGAAUACAGUUCAGAAUCUACCGAGUUUAGAGAUAAUUGACCUCAGUGGCUGCAAACACUUGAUAGAAUGUCCAAAUUUAGUAGGUGCCAUGAAUCUCAAAUUAAUAUCAUUCCUUGCAUGUGAAAGCUUACAAGAUGUUCAUCCAUCUAUUUUUUCUCUUCCCAAGAUUGAAGAACUAUAUCUAAACUUUUGCACAUCGCUAAAGAGGCUUUGCAGUGAUUAUUGUUCUCCCUCUCUCCGUAGCUUCUGGGCCACUGGUUGCUAUAAUUUGGAAGAGUUCUCAAUCCCCAUUAUGACUGAUCAUUCCAAACUACUCGAGUUACAUUUACCAUUAACGACUUUGAGUGAAGUGCCGUCCACUAUUAUGCAUCUCAAAAGUCAGGAGUUUUUUAGUUUUAACAUCAGUUACUCUCUUGAGAAACUUCCUCCAAACUUUGCCUCCAUAAUUGUACUCACGGAUCCAAUAAAACAUGAAGACAACACAUGCAUCAUGUUAAGUAGAAUAUUCCCCGCCCCUGCCUUUCUGUGUGUCAAGAAAUUAUUGUUGUUCAAUUGUAAGAGCUUAUCUAAACUCCCAGAGAACAUUCAUGUCUUACAAUCAUUACAAGAAUUAGAAGUGGAAAGCUGUCAUGUCCUUACAAGUUUGCCACAAAGCAUUAAGAAUCUUCAACAGCUUGUAAAUCUCAUGAUCAAUAAUUGUGAAAUGCUUCAAUACAUACCUCCACUUCCCCCAUCUAUUAUAUACUUUAAAGUAGGAGACUGCAAAUCUUUGGAGGCAAUCUCAAGUCUAACCAGUGAACCACCAAGAAAACACUACGCAUGGAUUGAUUUCUAUAACUGCAUAAAGUUGGAUGAUGAUGCAUAUGAAGCAGCUUUGAAAGAGUUGAAAUCCAGGAUAGAACUUGUGGCAAAUAAUGAUGGAUAUCCGCAUAAUGAAGCAAACAAUGAGAAGCUUCGAUCACUGUUGAAGUUGCUCCAGAUCACAAGAUUUCUUCUUGUCUAUCUUGUUGGCUGUAUGUUGAUUUCUCAAUACCAACCUUGCAAUCUUAUUGGGAAAACACUGAUAUUUGGAUGGGAAUGCUACUUGAGAAAGGGUUGCAACGAAGGGGAAUGGAUAGCAACUUCUUGCAGUAGAGGACUCUUCACCGGCUAUGUUCUCUAUAACAAUAUUAAAUUUGAAAUGGUAUCAGAUCAUAAGGUAGUAUGGUAUGAUGGAGAGGGUUCCAACAAGAUAACGGAAGCAAUCAAAGAGAGAAAGAGGGACACCGCUUGCAAUCCUAUCCUUAAAUUUAAGUUCUAUGCUCAUACAGAAGACAAUGAGGAAGUAGUAAUAAAGGGGUGUGGGAUCCGUUGGAUGCAUGUCCAUAUCAAUCAUGGAGGAGAGAUUACUCCAGAUGCCACUCACGAUGAGGGCUAUGAAUCUCAUGACUUGGAGUUAGAGGAUGAAUCUGAUGGCUUGGAGAUAGAAGACAUUGAGAGAACUGGAGAAAGAGUGAAUGCAUAUUGCUGGGCCUUGGAUAUUGUCAAAUGGCUUCGAAGAUUUUUUGUAUAUUGUUUUGCGGGCAAUUUACGUUUUUAAAUUGUUUCAACCUUAAAUUUACGCAAAUGCAUUGUUUUAAAAAUGGUUACGUAAUUACGUUGUUUCACUAUAUUAUAUAAACCGCUACUGGCAGUAGCGGUUUAUAAUUGCAUAGAAACCGCUAGAGCCAGCAGCGGAUUCUGUUCAAAAAGUGCAGCAUGGAAACCGCGGCAGCCCAUCGCGGUUUAUAUUUGAGAGAAGUUGAUCAUAAACUGCUGCUGGCAGCAACAGUUUAUGUGCAUCGCGGUUUACGUUGAAAGUUUAAGUAUAUUUUAUCUGUUAUUAAGUUCAUAUAGUUGGUGUCUUACUUGACCUUAAUACAUAUAAACCAUUCGGUGCAAGCUUGUAGCCUAAGUCCCUUUAUCAAACAUUUUAUGUUAAUUACUAGUUAGUUGUAUUUUUCAAUUA